AUGGCAGAGCUCUCAAAUCGACGUCCUACACACCCUGUGGAGGGGGAACCUUCUGUUGUUCUAGGACAGCCACGAGAGCAACUUGCAGUCGAAGAAAAUGCGCAGCCUGAAGACGACAUCGAAUAUCCCACGGGCUACAAAUUAUGGUUAACGGUCGUAUCUGUUGGAGUUUGCUUUCUUUUGAAAGGACUGGACUUAUUGAUUGUGGCCGUCACAAUCCCGAGUCUCACGAAUCAAUUCAAAACCCUCGAAGAUAUAGGGUGGUAUUCCUCUAUCUAUGGAAUUAUCCUAUCAGCGUCCACUUUCUUCUUUGGCAAAGCCUAUACAGUCUAUGACCUGAAAUCUCUUUUCAUGAUCUCCCUUGUGAUAUUCGAAGGUGGCUCGCUUCUAUGCACGCUAGCAUAUAGCUCAAAGCAAUUUAUUCUCGGCCGUGCGCUGGCCGGCCUGGGAGCCAGCGGCUUGACAUCUGGUGGUUUUAUCAUCAUCACCCACUGCUUUCCGGUGCCCAAGAGACCGAUGUAUACCAGUAUCGCCAAUGCUGGAGAAACUCUGGCCUUGGUCAGCGCCCCAAUGAUUGGUGGAGCCUUGAUCGACGCCUGGAGCUGGAGGGCUUGCUUUGGGAUCAAUCUACCCCUCGGUGUCAUAUCUUUGGCUCUAUUCGCAUAUGGCUUCAAUGAUAACGUGGAGAAUCCAGACACGAAACUUCCCUUCAGGGAGAAGUGGAGAAGAAUCGAUCCACUCGGCACACUCAUGUUGGUGCCAGCCGUGACAUGUCUGAUGAUCGCAACGCAGUGGGGAGGCAUCACUUAUGGCUGGGGAAACUUCCGCAUCAUUCUUCUCAUCAUCCUAGCUAUCGUCUUGUUUUCGAUCUUCGCCUUUCUACAAUACCGGCUCAAAGAAGAAGCCACGAUACCACCGAGACUCUUGAAGAACAGGAGCAUUAUGGCAAGUUCGUGGUUCUGUGCUUGCACCAAUGGAACCCUGGCAGUGACCGAGUACUGCAUCUCAAUCUAUCUUCAAGGUGUAAGAGGUUACAGCCCUGCCAAAGCCGGCCUUUUGGCUGUCCCAAUGAUGGUUGGUCUGUGUACGGCUUGCGUUGUUGCCGGCGCAGGUACCACACUGGUGGGAUAUUAUACUCCACCGGUCGCUGCGGGCUUGCUCACGACAUUGAAGAUCGACGAUAGCCUGGGCAAGAUAAUUGCCCUACUUGGGUUCCUUGGUGCAGCGAUUGGUAUUGGCGCUCCUGGACCCUCCAGCGUGGUGCAGACCAGCCUACCAGCCAAAGAUAUCUCAAUUGGAAUCUCCAUCGUCCUCUUCGGCGCAGGCCUUGGCUCGUCGUUAUUCGUGUCGGCCUCUUCAGCCCUGUUCCGAAAUCGACUCGUUGACGAGCUUCACAAGUACUUACCCAAUACCACGUUCAGCGGCAACAGCACGACGCAGUUGAACGUGAAUAACAUUGGCCUGUCAGAGAUCCAAACCCUUGUUGGCCCCAAUCGGCUAAAGGAUCUCCUCCUCGGCUACGACGAAGCGGUCAUCCAGACUUUGUAUCUCCCUGUGGCAUUGGCUGCCGCAACAGUCAUUGGUUCCGCACUUACCGAAUGGCGCUCUGUCAAGACAAGACGGGCAUGA